AUCAUACCCGAGCUGUGGGUAAAACCCGCUCCGCCUCUUUCUGAGUCUAUUUUGUUUUCUGGGCAGAACUGACGAAAAACAGAAGCAGAAUUGAAGUACCCAAAUCUCAUGGCUGAGUUUUACUGUUCAUAAACAUAUUUCAUCUGGUAAGAUUUUGAUUCCUGGGCACCAACAAAGGAACAUGCUUUUACAUUUCUGAUGCAUAGUUUCUCAUUCUAAGCUUUUACUCUGUUAUUUACCCCGUAAAGAUUUCAUCUUUACUAAUUUUUAGUGUUUUGGAGGGCAUAAGUAAUCUGAUCAUGAGUUGGUCAAUUUGUAGUGUGGCUAUAUGCUUCAUAGUUUCAUUUGUUUUCUUUUCAGGUAAAGAUUUGAUAAAGUCAGCUUUGAUAUUGUGUUUUCUUAGGCUGUUUUUAAUUUUCUGUAUGGAGAUAGAUCUUGAACUGCCGUCAUGUGAGCAGGACAAGUUAGACACUAGGUUGGAUAGAGAUGUUAAUGUUGAGAAGUUAGGUGAGAAUGUUAAGGAAGGUCAUGGACUGGGUGCAAAUGAGAGUGUUUCCGGAGUUCGGGAUCAAGUUGAUGGGGACAAUGUUGUAGUGAGUGAGGUUGAUAAGGGGGUUGUUAGUACUGUGGAUGCCGUAGAUGAGAUGAAUGUUGAGAACAGUAGUGAGCAUGUUGGGGAAGCUGGUGAGUUGACUGCAAACAGAAGUGCUUCUGAUGUUCAGGGGCAGGAUGAUGCAGACAAUGUUUUGAGAUUGUAGUUGGUACGAGGGUUGGGGUUGUUCGUGAGCUUGAGAUUGGUUUAGAGUUUGAGACUAAGGAGGAUGCUUAUUCCUAUUACAAAGACUAUGCUCAGUUGGUGGGGUUUGGCAUCACAAUCACAGCCAGUCGGCGCUCAAAGAGAACUGGAAAAUUUAUUGACAUAAAGCUUGCAUGUUCUAGAUAUCGAAAGCAGGAAGCUGGCGAUAAAGAAAAACAAAGAGUCAACCUAAUCAGCACAGGCUGCAAAGCCGGCUUGCAACUGAAGAAGCGAGAGAAUGAAAAAUGGUAUAUACAUAGUUUAAUGAAGGAGUAUAACCAUGAGAUGACGGAUGGUUUUAUUGCUUUAAAGGGAAGAACAAGAGACCUGCAAUUGUUGCUUAUCAGAAGGGUCUGCAGUUCAAUUUAGAUGAGGAGGAUGUCUGAGUAAUGUUUGAACAAUUUAUGUGUAUGCAGGACAAGAAUCUUAGCUUUUUCUAUGCCAUAAAUUUUGACAGUGAAAAACGAUUGAGAAGUGUAUUUUGGGUUGAUGCAAAGGGUAGGCGUGACUAUAACAGUUUCUGUGAUGUAGUCUUGUUUGAUACUUAUUAUGUUAGAAACCACUAUAAGAUGCCUUUAGUUCCUAUUGUUGGAGUUAAUCAUCACUUUCAGUACAUUUUACUUGGAUGUGCAUUGAUUGGAGAUCAGACUACAGCGACUUUUGUUUGGUUAAUGCGGACAUGGCUAAAAGCUGUGGGUGGCCAAGCUCCAAGAGUGGUUAUUACAGAUCAAGACAAAUACUUGAAGGAAGCUGUAGCAGAUGUAUUUACUGAGGCAUGCCAUCGUUUUUUUUAUGGCAUGUAUUGACUAAUAUUCAUAGAAGUGUAGGCUGUUCCAUAAAUGAAGAUGCCAUAUUUCUGGAGAAAUUGAACAAAUGCAUUUACCAGUCUUUGACUUCUCAACAAUUUGAACAGAGAUGGUGUAACUUGAUUAGCAGAUUUGAACUGAGGGAAAAUGAAUGCCUUUGCUUAUUAUAUGAAGAUCGGAAGUACUGGGCUCCAACGUAUAUGAAUGAUUCGUGUACAGCUGGAAUGUCAACAGUUGUGCGAUCUGGAAGUAUAACUUCAUUUUUUGAAAGGUACAUAUCUCAAGAAGCUACGGUUAAGGAUUUUAUGAAGCGGUAUAAAGCAUUUCUGAAAGACAGGAAUGACAUGGAUGCCAAUUCUGCUUUUGAAGCUCAGAAUAAACAAUCUGAAUUAAGAUCACUCUCACCUUUUGAGAAACAAAUGUCAACUAUAUAACAGAUACAAUAUUUAGAAACUUUCAAGUUGAGGUUUUGGGAGUUGAUUAUUGUCAUCUGCAGAAGGACGGUCAAGAUGAAGUAACUGUAAUAUUCCGAGUUGACGAGUUGGAAGAACGGCAGAAUUUUAUCAUAGCUUGGAAUGAGCCAGAAUCAAGAGUAUGCCGUUUAUGUCAUUCAUUUGAGUACAAAGGUUUUCUCUGUAUACAUACACUUCUGGUCCUUCGUAUGCCUGGUGUUUCCAGAAUCCCUACUGAUUACAUUCUGAAGCGCUGGACGAAAGAUGCAAGAGUUGGGUACACUGUUAGUGAUGUCUCAAAGAGGUUUAAAUACAGGGUGCAGCGGUUCAAUGAUCUGUGUAAAUUAGCCGUUAAAUUGGGUGCAGAGGGCUCAUUGUCUCCAGAAACUUACCAGAUUGCAUGUUACACGUUAGACAAAGUACUGAAACAAUAUGCCAACUGUCUGGAAUGGGGGCUUCAGAUACCAAGACAUCAUCUAUUCAUGGGUCAGAUGAUGUUGAAGUAAAUUACAGGGGCACACUGACCAACUUGUCUAAGACAAAAAAUACAAACAGAAAAAGAAAGGGGCAAACUGAACGAGAUGGUGUACCUAUCAGGUUGCAAGAUAGCUGCCAACAGAUGGGAUUGAUGAACUCCGGAUCAUGUAUUCUUGAUAGUUGUCACGUUCUGCAGCAGGAAUUUCAAGGGAAACUUGGUUCCAAAAGUCGUGCUCAGGAUAUAUUAUGGUGCUCAGCAGAGUAUGGAGAAAUGGGACAGUUGAACUCCGUUUUUCCUAUCCAUGAUGGCUUCUAUGGCAAUCAGCAGGCCUCAGAGGGACAUUUACGUUCAUUACCAACCCGUGUUGGUCAUAAUGGAACCCAACAGACUGAACAGAGUAUGCAAGGAAUGAUACUGGAUGUUCGCACUUUUCAUUUUGCCAAACCAUAUUUUUCAGGGGCAACUUGGUUUCAGAGCACCAGCUGUGCAUAGCUCUUUCAACAUAAGGAACAGUCUGCAGGAACCUCUGGCUUUCAUGGCAAUACGUCAAAGCAUCCGCACAAUAAGCACCAACCGCAUCAGCUGAUAAAGCAAGGUUUACCAUUGAGAUGAUGACAGUAGUUCCAUAGUAGAUUCAGCCUCAUGUUUAUACAAAGAAAUCUCCCAUGUCGACCCAAGUUGUGUACAUAAAUAUUCAUAUACCAGUAUUUAUGUAUCGUCAUCGACAUCAAUGGCGUAUCUUCGUUUCUUCUGUUCCGGUGUGUUAAAUUACAACAGGGUCUGCAUAAUGCAUGGAAAUCCAUCUUGGCAACCUAGGUCUUGUAAUUUUAUUUUUCAUGGGAGUCUUUUACUGAUGAAUAUUUGCUGUGAUAUUCCGUCUUAAAAUAUAACACAUGGUGGAGCUUUAUUUAAAUCUCAGCCUCAUUUGUUCAGGACCUGCUAUGGAAAUCUUGGAAA